CUUUUUCUCUCUUACAGCAACAUGGCCGUGAAACAUCUGGUUCUAUUUCAAUUCAAAGCCAGCGCUAGCGCGGAGGUCGUAAAGGAGUCUUCCUUGCGCAUGCUUGGGCUGAAAGAAGGCUGUAUCCAUCCCACCUCAAAGAAACAGUACAUCAAAUCACUCACCGGUGGUAAGGAUAAUUCACAUGAAGGGGCCCAGCAUGGCAUUACCCACGCAUUCGUCGCAGAGUUUGAGUCACUAGAAGAUCGUGAUUAUUACGUUAACACAGACCCCUUCCAUCAAAAGUUUAAGGCUUUCGCAGGACCUUUCAUAGAGAAAGUCAUCGUCGUAGACUUUUCCGAAGGAGAAUUCUAAAUCGUCUCUUGAUAUUCCAUAGGCUAGCAAGCUUUAACGUACAAAUUCAUCAACCCUCUACAGCGGUGAAGCUAAUUAAUUGCAAUAAACGGCAUUUGAGUUCUGAGUUCCCUCAAGUCUGGACUGGACCUUAGGCUGUUGGUCAGCGACAAGCACACAGGGCGCAGAAUGCGGCACAGCUAUGUAACAUAUUACAUUAUCAAUAUCACUUCAAUAUAAUCCAUACCCACAUAUCAACAUUGAAAAGCCCUACAGAAAACCGAUCAGAGUAGCUUCACCAACGUUUCUAUACGACCCUUAUUACAAUGUCAGCAUUCUUGGCGUCAGCCGCGGCAUUGGCGAGGAUAUAGCUUACGCGUACGCUACUGUCGGCAUUUACAGCAUCGUUCUAGUCGGGCGCGGGUCAUCGCAAGGUUUCUCGGGAACCACAGCAGCUCCCCUGAACCCUAACCUGCAACUAUCCGCUAUCAUCGCCACGUGCGACUUGGCAUCAAGCUCUGAUGUAGCGGGUC